AUGGAAGCAGAUUUAUAUGAACGAAUAUUAGAAGCUUUACAGUCUAACAAGGCUUCAGCAAUACUAAAUAUACCCUAUACAUUACCAUUAAAGAAAAUUAUAUUGUCAUCUUUUAAUUAUAUUAGUGGACCUGAACUUCAAUUUGUAUGGGAAUUAGAAUGUGAUCAAUAUUGUGAUAGUCAUUCAUCUAUCCUUUGUAUCGAUAAGGAUGAUGAUUUUACUACCACAAAUACAAAUGAAAAUUAUACAGAAUCAACUAAUUCUCAUAUAACUAGUACAACAGAAAGUCUUGAAGAUGUUGGAACAGAUUCUCGGAAGGAUAAUUAUGAAGAAAUUGAUAAUCCUCUUGAGGAAGAUUUAUAUAUUGGAGUAGAGAAUGAAGGUAGAAAUUCGUUUACACAAUAUCAUAAAAAUAGCCCAACAAAGUGUUCAUCAAUGAUUAAGUCAACAUUUUCACAAUUAUCACAAAAUGACUACUUAGAUGAUGAAACAAAUUUGGAAAAUUUUAAAAUAUCAAAAGAUUUUUCAAUUGAAUCAGGUGUAGAUUCAGGAAUUGGAGCAACAUUGUCUGUUAAUAGUGAUCUCUGUUUUUUGGAUCAAACUCCACCUGCUGGAAAUCUUCUUAAUGAACUUAUUUCAUCAGGUUAUCUUGUUUAUAAAGAAUAUGAAGAAGAGGAGAUGAGAAUUUUAGAAGAACAAAAAAUAGCAGCAGCAGCAGCUUGUACAUCAAUUAAAAAUUUAUCUUUAUCGCAAAAUAUAACAUUAAAUUCAGCAUUAAAUGUUGAUUCUGAUAUGUUAGAUCAAAUAACAGCUGAUCCUUCUAAAGAAAGAAUUGAUGAUGAUGAAUUUAUUGUUAAGGUAGUUUUAGCAGAACAAAUAUGUUCCAUGCAAACAUCUAAUGUACCAAUUUACAAUAAAAUGAUAUCUGUUCCAUCAAGACAUCUUUUUUGUUUAUCGACAAUGUUUCCAAUGAAAAGGUAUGAUGGACCAAUGAUUAUGUUUGCAAUAACAUUAAUUGUACCAUUAGAUCAAAAACAUUGGCUUCUUGAAAAACAAUCAAUGAUUGAAAAAUUUUUAAUUACAUCUAUACCAAAAUUAAAAGCAUCAUUUCUUAUUGAAAGUAUGAUUGAUUUUAUAUGCCGCUUAACAAAUGAUUUUCAACUUUUAACGCAUAAUUUUUGUGCUUUAGAAAAAUAUAAAUUUUUCAAACGAAGUACUUUUGCAAAGCUAAAAAUUUCUGAAUCAUAUUUAUCAAAAAUAAAUCUUCAAACUAAAGAAGUACAAUUUUUAUCACAAUGUAUCACGGGUUGCCUUAUAACACAAGGAAGAUGCGUGAUAUUAUCAGAUAAUGUUGAUGCAGCAAAUGAAAUAAUGUUAGCAUUAGCACCAUUUGUUGAUCCAAAAAAAUAUCAUUUAUGUAUAAAACCACUAUCAUAUUCAUUUUGUCCAUAUUUUCACUUACAAGCUGUUAAACGUAAUCAAAGAUUAAAUGUAUUGGAGGAGUCACUAGCAAUACCAGAACCUUUUUGUAUAAUUGAUACUGAUGAAUUAUGUGUAUUUUUAACUGGAACAUAUGCAUCAAAACAUGCUUGGAAUAAACAUAUAUUAACAUUAGCUGUUCAUGAUAUUAUUAGUGAAAAAAAUAUUAAUAUUAAUAAUAUAUUAAAUAAAAGAAAAGAACAUUUAAAUCCAGUUAAAGCAAGUAGUGAAGUUUUACAACUCCUUAAUCAUAUGUUUUUACUUCCAAAUGAAAGGUCACCAAGACUUUUACUAAUUUAUCAAUUUAAAUUAAAUUUAGAAUUAAGAGCAUCAGCUUUCAUUGAUUAUGUAAGAGAUGUUAGUAAACCAAAAGUUAAUGAUAAAAAAAAUGCAAUUGCUAGUAAAUGGAGCCUUAUAACUGCUAGAAAACAAUUAUCUCUUAUAUCAGAUUCAACAUUUAGCAUAAUAUUAGCUGAAGCAGAUAGACAGAUUGAAAAUUUUUCUGAAUUUGUAUUUACAACAGCUAAAGAAUUUUCCCGGUGA